AUGAUAGAAUACACCAUUAGAGAUGAUAUUGCGUUGGAUGGAAUUUCCACAGACUUGGAUCCUGCAGAGAAGGUUCGAAUCCCAAGCGUUGCCCAGCAUCUCCUGGCAGUGACUAUGUCUAGUGGAUGGGGCAGUGCAUGCGCCUCUGCAUUUGUCUUCCUCGUUUACAGUCCAACUCGGGAUCGUUGUGUCAAGACGUCUAGUCGAGACUGGCUGGAGAAGCAGUUCAGCACACACUCACACGAGUUGGUCACUGCUCCCAUGCACCUCUCGACAUCUGCAUGGGCUGGGGUGGAGCAAUCUGGCGAGCGUAACCCUCGAGUCAUCGUUGAGACGCUGUCGGGGACUGUAGUUGUGUCUGCGAGGUCAGAGGUGUUUGUCGCGGCCAUUUCGAGAUGGUUUGACUGUGUUGGGGUGCCAGGUGGUGCGGGUGCACGACAGACCACCUGUAGACCGGGUUUGCGCCUGCCCCCUUCCUCCCAGACCCAGACAUUGGUACCCCCAAGACGGGUUUGGGAGGCUGAAAAAGUGAGACGAAACGAAUAA